ACCAGCACCUAAAUGCCGUGCCGCGUCCUACCCGGGCCGCUGCCUCCACCAAAAAGCGUAACCGCACAAAUUCCACCGAUCCCCCUCGCCCCGGUCAAAUCCUCUAGCCUCCCUGUGCCCGGCGGCGAGCCCCAUGGAUCCUUCCGUCGCCCGGCGGCAGGAGGCGGAGCGGUUUAUGAACAUCGCCGAGAAGCUCCUGAUGGCGCGGGACCUCGAGGGCUGCAAGCAGUUCGUCGCCCAAGCCCUUUCCUUCGACCCCCGCACCCCGGGCGCCGACGACCUCCUCGCCGCCGCCGAUGCCCUCCUCGCGGCCCAGCGUCGGCGCCUCCCGUCCGGGCCCCUCGACCCCUACGCCGUCCUUGGCCUCGACUCCGCCGUCCCGGCCUCCCGCGACCCCGACGUCGUGCAUUCCCAUUACCGCCGCCUCUCCCUCUUGCUCAACCGCUCCCACCCCGACCGUCCCUGCUCCCUCGCCUUCGCCGAAGCCGCCCGCCUCGUCGCCGACGCUUGGGCCUUCCUGUCAGAUCCCCUCCGCAAAGCCUCCCUCGACUCCGACCUCGACGCCGCCGCCGCUGCAACUAACGCAGCGGCAGCCGCCGCCGCCGCCGCCGCCGCUCGUGUACCCAUCGAUCCCCAUCCAGAGAAGCAGAAUCAGCUGCAGUCACAGCCUCCUCCGCCGCCGCCACUUGCUCCGCAGCCAAUGCAGACUGUGUCAGGCACGCCGCCACCAAAGCGCGGGCGGCCGCCGCGGGCUGCCAAAACGCCGGCGACGCCGCCUGCUCCGCAGACCGUUUCGGGCACGUCGCCAACAAAGCGCGGCCGGCCGCCGCGGGCUGCCAAACAAUCGCCUGAGGUUGAACGGAACCAGGAGGGGGAAGCUCAACAGGCGCCAGUCUUCUGGACAGCUUGUCCCUCCUGCUGCCAUUUACACCAGUACGACCACUCCUACGAGUCGCAAACGCUGCUUUGCCCUAGCUGCCGCCGGCCGUUUGUUGCCACUGCAAUGUCCACGCAGCCGCCCAUCGUGCCAGGCACAGACAUGUAUUACUGCUCCUGGGGGUUCUUCCCAAUGGGUUUCCCUGGUGGUCCUGCAUUCGCUGAACCACUCAAUUCCCCGCAGCAGCAGGCACCUGCUGCUCUAGGAUUUUAUCCAAUGGGGCCAUACUUGCCAUUACCAAGCCUAAGUGGCAUUGUGGAAGGGGAAGGCAAUAAGGCAGUUGAUGCUGGCACUGGCAUUCCUGUCAUCCCAACAGUGGCAGCACCAGCAUCAGCAUCAUCGCCAGCGCCGACAGCGGCAACACCAGUGGAGUUCUUACAUGUGAAGGUUGGGGCAAAGAAGCGAGGGCGGCCCAAAGGCAGCAAGAACAAAAAAGCUGUGGUUGAGGUAAAUUAGGGCUAUGGAAUGACACAUGUGAAGGUUGGGGCAAAGAAGCGAGGAUGCCCUGACUGCCUGAAGGCAGCAAGAACAAGAAAGUGGUGAUUGAGAUCGAUUAGGGCUAUGGCAUGCUGAUCGCUGCAUCAUUCGACAUCUGCAUCAGUUGUAAACUACAUUGUGUAUGUGUAUGUGUAUGGUUCUUUUCUUGCUUGCAGAUGACUUGGGCACUGUAAGAUGGUCGAGGGUUAGAGCUUCACCUCGAUAGUUGGUCAAGAAUCAGAGCUUCACCAUUCAUGAAUUUUGGUGACUAGGUUUUUCUCCUUACUUCCAUAGCGAAGUUUACCAUAGUAGUCAGUUCAGGUGAGAUCUGUUUUUUGUUUGUAUCAUCCCAUUAGAUGGGUGAGAUGUUUCAUAUUGUAGGGUGGCAGCUGCUCAAGUGCCCAUUAUGCUGUCUGCAACUUGUAAAGAUUAGGAGAUGGAUAAUAAGCUAUGUGAAUGCACAUUAAUUAUAAACACUCAGUGUGAAACUGUUGAAAUUGCCAACUUUGCUUCGGCAAUUUGGAAUAGUUUGUCACACCUCUUGACUUGUCGCCUCAACGCGGGCACAGGCACAGCUGUUGCUUAUCUGCCUAAUGUGCCGGAGUCAUUGCCAUGGCACAUGGUACUGUGAUGGGCAGAGCAAGUGGUGGGUGCAUGCACGAGGAGCUGGUGAUGGCAGAGGGGAUCUUAUGCACCAUGGAUGGUGAGUUGUCUAUGCAUGGCAGACCUACGGUGAGCGGCUCUGGUACAGUGGUCUCUGGCGGCCGAACAUCAGGCCUUGUCUUUUUGGUUGUGUAGAAAUUAGGGCUUGUUUGGUUAGAAGGGGAUUGAGGGGAAACUGAGCUAGUUUCCCCCUCAAUCCCCUCCUAACCAAACAAGCCCUUAUUGUUUUUUUGGCAUCCUCAGGCUGUUGUUGAUCUGUUUUGUUUGUGCUUGUCUUGCCUUGCACUGUGGAUUCUUUAGCCAACAAACACUGGCAUGACCUCAGGGCCUGUCAGAGUUCAGCGUAUGCAACAUAGGCAAGAAGACUCUCUGCGGUCCAUGACACAGGGCACCAUGUUGUGCCUGCCCAUCUCUUGCUUGCUCUAUCAUUUGGGAAUCAUGCCGCUACUACUGUACCAUCUUGGUUUAAAAGGAAGGCUAAAGAAUUUUUGACUGGGCACACAGACUGACAGGCAUGAGUUUCUAGCAACAUCAGUAAUUCAGCAUGCAUGUAUGUUUGAUCAGUAGGGGUUACCUGUGAUUUAGAUGUGGUUCCUGUUUAAUCGUUGUCCUACAUGAACUUGGCUUUGAAGAAUUGUUUAGACUUGAUCCUAAUGUGGAAUGUUUGUACGUUAGAUUUUUUGUGUAAAUAUAAGUUAUUGAAGCAUUAAGAUUGAACUGUUAGGCAUUUAAAUGAAGACCCUCUUGAUGUCUUAUGUAUGGUUAUGUUUUUCUGAUUCAUUAUCAGUAAGAUUAACAUAAUUUGGUGAUGAGGGCUAAAAGCUUCGUUUUUUGAUUUUUUUUUUCAGAAUCUAACGUUUCAUGUGCCAAUCAUGUCUGCUUCUCCCAAAACUUACUUCAGAGCUGAUUUCAACUUGCCCCCCCCUGGUUUAGUUUAUUUCUAAUUUCCUCCUUUUAGCUCUUUUUUAUAUGGGCAAAGGAAGAGCAUUUUCUGCUGGAGGUGAUGUUGCUGCAGUUGUCUGAUGUAUACAUAAAGGUAUUUACAGCUUUACCUUGUAUCUGCAGUAUCUAACAUCGAAAGCUGGUUUCUUACAUAUUUUGCGUCGUCAUCUGUUACCUGACUUUUAAUACAUAUGUUAUAUGUAAGCAUAUGCUAGCUCUGCUAUGUGUUUGAUUCUUAAAUCAGUCAGCUAGAAAUAUGGUGCUGAUUUCUUCUGAAAUGAAUAUUUGUUGAAUUACACAAUUGCAAGUUAUACCUAAACCUCAGGUCCAUCCCUUCAUUGUGGUUAAUUGUAAUUAUUCACUUCUGUGCUCCUUGCCCCUUAAGGAUAAAUAAUUUAACUGUAGGUUUCUCUUCUUACUGGAAUUGUCAUGGGUUUAGGUGCUGGUGUUUCUUUACAUGGAAGGUUUCGAGUUGCCACUGAUAACACGGUAUAUGCUACAAUCAGAAUCAAGUGCAAUUUACUAGGCUGUUACUUUUUUACUAAUCAAUUUAAAGAUGGACUGUGGUUGGGAACCACAAAAAACUUCGCAUGUCAUGAUGCAGCUUGAGAUUGGCUUUUUGAAGUACUGCUGAAUGUUGUCCCAUGCUGUAACAAUCUAGAAUUGGGGUGUCAAGUGUGACUCUUUCCAAGUGAGAACAGUAAUUGCGUUGUGAGUGAGACAGCGAGAUAUGUUAUUUGAGCUUACCCUCUUAUGUAAUUUGAGGGAAUUUUAGGUGCACUCUUUUUUGGGAGGGCAAUUCUCUAUAUGUCACUGCAAUUUUGUUUAGUACCGUAUUUGGCAUCAUAAAUGUUCUAAUCUCUUCUAUGUCACUAGGAUGCAAUUUAUUACCCUUCCAUGCUAUUGCCAGUAGCAAAGAAAACCAAAGGUCUUGAUAGUUUUCUAUUUAUUAGCACAUUGUUUGGAAUCAGGUACUGACAUCUUAAUUGUCUUACAUCACCUUUGUAUUUUGGUGGUCUUUUUUUUGGGUAGUUGCACUGGAUGCCUCCGAGGUUGGAACAAGUGCAUGACGAAGCUGUUGUAGAAUAUUUCUCCAGAAUUGAUGACCCACAGUGGGAAGAUUUGGACCUACCUGCCAGACGUUCCCAUGGAAGAACCAUCGAGUCCAAGCUCUGAUUGAAGGUCACGGGAGAAGGGUGGAACACUGGAACGGAGCCUCGGUAGUGGUCAGUCAGAAUAACACAUUACACACAUCAUCUCGAGUUUGAAGAGUCUGCAGACUGUUUGAUAGAAUAAACAUGAAUGUUUCAUAUAGGUCAAACUUUUAUCACAGAAGAAACUCUUUCCUGUUUA